UCCACACUCCUAUAAUAGACCUCACUCUUCCUCUUUCUUCAUCCGGGUUCUCAAAACUCUUCUUCUUCUUCUUCUUCUUCUCUCUCUCUCUCUCCAAAAUCCAAGGAGCAAACUUUUCUUGAUUCAGCCAUGACGUUUCCUUAUCUGGAAGCUGUAGUCGGUUUUAUGAUACUGAUGUACUUCUUUGAGACUUAUCUGGAUUUGCGUCAACAUGCUGCUCACAAGUUACCAACACUUCCUAAGCCUCUGUUAGGAGUGAUAAGCCAAGAGAAAUUUGAAAAGUCCCGGGCUUAUAGUCUGGAUAAAAGCGGCUUCCAUUUUGUUCAUGAAUUUGUAACUAUAGUGUUAGAUUCUGGAAUUUUGUAUUUCGGUUUACUGCCAUGGUUCUGGAAGAAAGCAGGAGACUUUUUAGUACAUGCAGGCUUUGAUGCAGAAAAUGAAAUACUGCACACCUUGGCUUUCCUUGCUGGGGUUAUGAUAUGGUCGCAGAUUACUGAUUUGCCCUUUUCUCUCUACUCAACUUUUGUGAUCGAAGCUCGCCAUGGAUUUAAUAAGCAAACUAUAUUGUUAUUCCUAAAAGAUAUGGUGAAAAGUAUUGUCCUUGCAAUUGUGAUUGGACCUCCUAUUGUAUCUGCAAUCAUUUUCAUUGUACAGAAAGGCGGACCAUACUUGGCUAUCUACCUCUGGGGAUUCAUGUUUGUUCUGUCUAUAGUGAUGAUGACUCUCUAUCCUGUUCUGAUCGCCCCUCUUUUUAACAAGUUCACCCCACUUCCUGAAGGAGAGCUAAGAACGAAAAUUGAGGAGCUUUCCUCCUCACUGAAAUUUCCCUUGAAGAAAUUGUUCGUGGUUGAUGGAUCUACUAGGUCAAGCCAUAGCAAUGCUUACAUGUAUGGUUUCUUCAAUAACAAGCGUAUAGUCCUCUAUGACACUUUGAUACAGCAGUGCAAGAAUGAUAAGGAGGUUGUUGCUGUUAUUGCACAUGAACUAGGGCACUGGAAACUCAAUCAUACCAUGUAUUCUUUCAUUGCUGUGCAGAUUCUUACAUUUUUGCAAUUUGGAGGAUAUACACUUGUGAGAAAUUCAAAGGACCUGUUUGAGAGUUUUGGAUUCCAUGGUACGCAGCCGGUGCUCAUUGGUCUCAUCAUUUUUCAGCACACUGUGAUACCUCUGCAGCACCUUGUAAACUUUGCCCUGAAUCUAGUGAGCCGGUCUUUCGAAUUUCAGGCUGAUGCUUUUGCAAAGAACCUGGGAUAUGCAAGUGAACUCAAGUGCGGUCUUGUGAAGUUGCAGGAAGAGAACUUGUCAGCAAUGAAUACAGAUCCAUGGUACUCAGCUUAUCACUAUUCUCAUCCUCCCCUCGUUGAAAGAUUAGCAGCACUAGACGAAACUGACAAGAAACAAGACUGAUACAAGUGCGACUUUGGCCGGAGAUGUACUCAUUAUUCAGGUGUAUGUAGCACAUUUUUUUUUGUCGCAAUUCGAACUGUACGAAACUUGGCACUAACUGAUAGAUGGAUAUACGUAUGCUCCAGAAUUUUACCACUACAAGUCGUUGGGAAGAAUUAGAAAGGGAAUGAGGUUAUUAAUUUAUUAUGUGAAUUACAUGUAUGAAAUUUUCCUUAGUUGAAAUUUAUGCCCGUAGUUCUUGCUGC